AUGCACAUGCUCAGCUACACCAGUGCACUCGGAUACGGACCGUCAUCACACUUCGACCCCUCGACGCAGGAGAUCCAACACCGCUACCUCGAACUCGACACGCCGCUACCCACCCCGUGCAUCACCCUCCCGCCCGGCCCUAACCAGUCCGCCCCGCCCGACCCCCCGAACCUCGAGCAAUACAUCUCUCCGUUCCUGUGGCCGAAAUGGCGCAAGUCGAUGAUGACUUGGAUCGCCUGCGCCGUCACCGCGCUGGCCGGAUACUCAGCAGGCGAGGUCAGUCCCGCCUCGAGCGUGCUGACGGCGGAGUGGGGGGUUAGCGCGGUGGUCUACAACCUGACCAUCACGGUGUUUUGUAUCGGAUUCGCCCUGGCGCCGAUGGUGCUGGCUCCCUUCUCGGAGAUCAACGGGCGGCGGCCAAUCUUCGUGGCUAGCGGGAUUCUCUUCACUGCCUCCCUCCUCGCCUGCGGCGGCACACACAUCUUCGGCGGCCUUCUGGUGGCGCGGGUCUUGCAGGGGAUCGGGGCGUCGACUUUCUCGACGAUGGUGGGCGGGGUGAUCAGCGACAUCUACCACGCGGAGGACCGCAACACGCCGAUGGCGCUGUUCUCCGGGGCGGCGCUGUUCGGCACGGGGCUGGCCCCGCUGAUCUCGAGCGCGAUCGUCCACCACACGACCUGGCGGUGGGUGUACUACUCGCACGCGAUCGUGGCGGCCUUCUUCGUGGUGGUGAUCUUCUGCUUCUUCAAGGAGACGCGCGGCAGCGUGCUGCUGAGUCGCAAGGCGCAGGCCGUCAACAAGUACUACGAGCAGCUGGAGGCGGCGGGCCACUUCGGGGUGAUGCUGGAGGAAGGCAAGGUCCGGCGGAUCCGCUGGCGGGUUAAGAGUGACGAGGAGCGGGUGUCGCUGGUCAAGAUGAUCGGGAUCUCGGUGUAUCGGCCUUUUCAUAUGCUGGUCAGCGAACCGGUUGUCUUCUUCUUCUCGCUCUGGGUCUCGUUCAGUUGGGCGGUGCUGUACCUGCAGUUCGGCUCCAUCCCACUGGUCUUCCGCACGAACCAUGGCUUCAACAUCGAGCAGACCGGCGCUGUCUUCACCUCAAUGUGCGUCGGCGCCCUCCUCAUCACGGUAAUCAGCAUCUACCAAGACAAGAUCGCGCAGCACUACAAUCUCCUCCCGCGCACCCCGGAAGCCCGCCUCUAUUUCGUGUGCGUGGAAGCGGUGCUGAUGCCCAUCGGGCUGUUCUGGUUCGGCUGGACCUCGUACUCGUCCAUCGCGUGGAUCUCCCCGACCAUGGCCAUCGGGUGCGCCACCAUGGGCAUCUUCGCCGUCUACCUGGCCGUCUUCAAUUAUCUGGCCGACACCUAUCACCGAUUCGCUAGUUCGGCCAUCGCCGCGCAGUCGUGCUGCCGCAACCUCCUCGGCGGCGUCUUCCCGCUGGUCACCAACGCCCUGUUCACGAAUGUGGGGUACCCCGGGGCGUCGAGUUUGUUGGGCGGUAUUGGAGCCGUUCUGGUCGUCGUGCCCUGGGUGCUGGUCUUCUACGGGCCGAAGAUCCGGGCGAAGAGCAAACUGGCCAGUCAACUGGCUCAUUGA